UCCUUCUGUCUCUCCCCUAUGUCUCUCUUUGUUUGCGUCUUUCUGUCUCUCUCUCUCUGUCUCUGCGUCUGUCUGUGUCUCUCUAUAUCCGCGUCUCUCCGCGGGCGGGCCGGGCUUGCAGGCUGCCGCACCGGAGAGGCCAAGAUGACGAAAGCCUUCGGCCUGGCGGCACGCUUCAUCGUGCACACGGUGGGGCCGCGGUACAACUCGCGCUACCGCACGGCGGCCGAGACCUCGCUGCACGGAUGCUACAAGCGCGUGCUGCACAUCGCCACGGAGAAUCGCCUGAAUUCCGUGGGGCUGUGUGUCAUCAAUACGCCCAGGAGAGGCUUCCCAGCAGCUGACGCGGCACACAUUGCCUUGAGAACCGUCCGCCGGUUUUUGGAAAACCACGGAGAGAGCAUAUCCACCAUCGUGUUCGCCGUGAUGGAUCAAGACGAGGCGGUGUACCUGCACGUACUGCCCCUCUACUUCCCGCGCUCGCUCGAGGAGGAGGCGUGGGCGCUCUCGCUGCUGCCCUACGACAUCGGCAACGCGGAGGGCGAGCCAGUGGUGGCCGAGCGGCAAAUCCGCAUCACCGACAAGCCGGGCCAGGUUGACAGCGGCUCGGAGAGCGACGGCGGUGACGACGCGAGCGACGACUCGGACCGCGUGGACGGGGAGAUGGUGGGCGUGGGCGCACACGCGUUCGCCCGCAUGGAGGGCGACCACGACAAGCAGAGGCAACGGAGCCUCAUGUCGCCACCGUCGUCCGACUCCUGGCUCAAGGCUCACCAGCGAACGUACCAGCGCUGGCUUCGGAGGGCAAGGACCGAAGACCUGUCUGACAUCGCAUCACUCAAGGCCCUCUACCAGACAGGAGUGGAUAACUAUGGGCGUCCCGUGGUCGUGAUCGUGGGCAGGAACAUUCCAAUCCCCGUCAUCGAUCCGGAGAAGGCGCUUCUCUACUUCAUCCACGUGAUGGACCACGUGGCGUCACGCGACUACAUCCUCGUCUACUUCCACACGCUAACGAGCGAGGCCAAUCAGCCCGACGCCGCCUUCCUCCGCACCGUCUACAACACCGUGGACUUGAAGUACCGGAAAAACCUCAAGGCUUUCUACAUUGUCCACCCUACGUUCCUCUCAAAGGUCAUGACGUGGUUCUUCACGACGUUCACCGCGUCGGGGCUCAAGGCGAAGGUGCACAGCGUGCAGCGGCUGCAGCAGCUGUUCGCUCACAUCCCCCCCGAGCAGAUCGACAUCCCCCCCUUCGUCCUCGACCACGACCUCCAGGCGAACCGCGCGUACUACACAGAUGACCCGUCGGGGCACGAUCUGUAGACGGAUUUGGAGCAACUGGAACCCCGGCGUGCCGUUGGUGUCGAGGCCGGGGUGUGAUGACGAGCGAUGUGCGGCUGCCCAACCCCCGGAGCCGGUCGUCCUGACGUGCACCGCAGCGGAGUUUAAAAACCUCGCGAGCAGAUGCCGACCACAUGUUUUUUGGCGUUCAUAUUUUAGUUUCUCUAAUUAUUUUUCACUGUGUCGGUUUAUCGCUUUUUUUUGUUACCUCUGUAGGCUUGGGUGUUUAUUUUUGGUCCCGGAUGCAGAGUUUUACGAUGGAGUGCGAAUUUCCACUCAGUUCGUUUUCUUAAGGGACCUAAAUUCCACGCCGUGUUUGUGUGUAGUGUCGCCAAAUUGCACAUUCUAGGCGAGUGGUUGAACUUUUAGGAUAAAUAAAUGUCUUUGGUAUUAUUGUUAUUCGUCUUGUGGCACGUUUGCCUGUGAAGGUCCAGAAAAAUCACACUUUUGUCUGUGUGUGGGUGUCGGGAGCGAUGGCACAGUGGUUAACGCACAUGGAUAAUACUUGUGUGUGUGCGCAUGUGCGUGUUUCUGUGAUCAUAUGUGUAGGUGCAGCGGUGGUGUAGCGGUUAGCGCGACGGCCUCCGAACCCGGCAACAUAGGUUCGAUACCCAGACACGGUUAACAUCAAUCGCUUUUAUCUGAACCAGUAUUGGGCCUCGCCUAUGUCAGCCUUAAAUGAGUAUGGUGUGUCAACCUCCGAACCAGGAAGAUGAAGGCAGGCUGGGUGUGGUUCUGACCACAACACGCGAUUGUGCCGGCCUUCAUAGGUGCUCGCUUAACUGCACUUGCCCCAACAACAUAUGUAGGCUAUACAGCGGGGGGAGGGGGAUGGGGACAUGCGUGAAAAGAGCUUCAUAGGUCAUCGGAAUCUGACAGUUUAAAUAAAGAUUCUGAUUCUGGAAUCUUUACUUUUGUGUGCUUCUGUGUGUCCGCGUGUGUGUGUGUGUAUAUAUACUGCAUGAGGAUCGGUAGUGUAGCGGUCAGCGCGCUGUGCUACGUGACCUGGUGAAAGCGGCAAACACCAGUAGCGAUUAUCUGAACCGGUCGUGGGCCUCCCCUAAGUCGACUCAGGCUCAAAUUGGUGUCUGGUGCAAUGUGCAAACAUCGCCACUGGGGAGACAAAGGCGGUCGUGCGUGGUGCUGGCCACUCACCCCCUCGUGUACUGUGCCGGCCUUCAUAGGCGUUCGCUAACAGCACUUGCCCCAACAGUCCGUUAAGGCGACACGGGGGAUCUUGGUGUUUGAUGUACACUGCGUUCACAUCAGGUGGAGUUGGCCAGUAAUCCUCACGGGGUUACGGAUGGUCGCGUCCGUCCGUGUUUUAUCGCCGGACAGGCGGUGACGGCCGGCUGGCCGCGGUGGCGUGGGGGACGUGCCGGCGAGAGAAUGCGGCCCCCCCCCCCCGGCUCCCGCCCCCCCGGUCCCACGCUGUCCUUGCCGGGACGUGCGUCCCCCUCACGGCCCCACCGAGAUCGGCAAUCACUCGCACGACCUAUAUUGAAGUGGCGGCAAGAGUCGGAGGGUGCUUUCUUGCCGAGAUCUGGUGACGCCGAGAUCCGGUGACUCCGAACAAAUGCGAGUGACUUGCCGUUUCGUUCUUGUUAUAACAAUGUAAGUGUGUGUGUGUGUCAUCUCGGUCAUCUCAGUCAGUUGACCCGUGGCACCCGGGUCUGCCCCUUGACCUACUGCCAGCGGGCGUUCGACACUUCACGUGGCCUCAAGGUGCACAUGGCCUGGCACAAGCGUCGUGGUGAUUUCACCGCCACUUAGUGUCGAAUGGCGGUUGUUGUUGUUGUGUGUUGAACUUCUUUCGCACCGUGCGUAGCCGACCGUGCUAAUCGCAUGUAACAAGAACGAAAGCCUCACCGAGUUCCAACUCUCUUCUUCAGUAGGGUCCUGCCAACUGCAUGCUCCUGUGUGUGUGUGUAUGAGAUCCCAGUUGAGUAAGUUUGCAAUGUUUUCUGCAUUUGCAUAUUGCGUGUCGUGUUCAGCUAUGGGUGGGAAUUUGAGAACCCGCAGUAAACCCAUGGCGAGCAUACGAACUGCACGCAGAAAGGCGCCCGGGUCGGGAAUUGAACCCCAGGCCCUUGUUGCGGUUAGGCAUGAGUUGUCACCACCCUGCGACCUGUCAAUUCGAGAAUGAAACCGAUCCCGUGGAACCGUGUUCAUCGGCUCUUUGCGGGUUAACGUUCGCUUGCUUCACACUUUGACACAAAAGUAACGAAAAAACUCAACAAAGUCAGUCUAUCUGUAGGCUGCCGGGUUCACAACGCAAUGUGCUAACUGCUGCUCCAACGCUCCCCACCCCCACCUCGUGAUUGUUGUGGUGCUAAAGCUGUGGACAGCAACCGGUGGGAGGGAGGGGGAGGAGGAGAUGGGGGGGACUUUGUUAUUUGCGACGCUUUGAGUCACUUUUGCCGGCUCGGUGGGACGCGCGGGCAAGAGUCGGAGCGGACCUUGCGUGGAGACGCGGGGUGAGGUGAACCUGCAGGGGUUAACGCACGCCACCUCCCCCACCCCCUUCCCCGUGCAAGGUGACGCUCACAGCUUGUGACGGUUUGUUUCAGGGGCUGCUAAGUCUAACGUGAAGAGAUCUCUGCCGAUUGCCUGUGCGGUGGAGUAGGGGAGGGAGGGAGGGAUGCACUUUUUUGUGGUUCCGUCAGUAACAAUGAGAUGUCACGCCAAUGCGGUUUACGGGGCUUCACGUGUUGCGUCCGUGUCUUUCCCUGUGAUUAACCCGCUCGCUGAAGCUGUGAGCAGGAGGAGGGGUGGAGAGGGGUGUGAGUUGUGUAGCCAGUUGACGUGUAGAUACUCUCCCGUCAGCGCGAGUGUAGCUGUCGCCGUGUGAUGGGAAGGCACACCCCGAAGCUUGCGUUGUCCUCGGCCGGUUUUGUUUUCCGUCGGUUCCGUACGAAGGUAUAAAUAUGGCAAUCACUUCCGGUGCUGCAACCGUCGAUCGAAUCGCCGGGUGAUGAAUUGUCUCUUUGCGCUCGGCGAUGCGUGCGUCGGAUUGCGUGUGCGCGAGCAGGGCCGGAUUAAGAUUUUGUAGGCGUCGUGAGGCCCCCAGUAAUAUUUUCAAAAGGAAAACAAAGUUAAAGAAAAAUCCAUUUUAUUUUUACAAGGCGAACAACAAAUAAAAUUCGGCAUUCACAAAUAAAAUAUCUUUUCACUCGCCCCCCACGCCUUAAUCCGGCCCUGCGCGCGAGUGUGUGUGUGUAAAGAAAGAAAAAAAGUGAUUAUUUUCUAUCUGUACGUGGGCAAUCCUGCAAAAUCGUGCAGCCUGAAAAAUAUGAAAAUUUCUCGAAAUCACCCCAGUAAGCGCGCGAGAGCUGUCUGAGUGAAGUUAAAUGUGUUGGCUUUUCAUUUAAAAAAAAAUCUUUUAAGAAAUAACAGCUCUUAGAAUAAAUUAUUGGUUCGACACUAAAAUUAUUGCACCAUCACCACCAUUCCGUUGUGGAUGAAAAAUAUCAGGCGGGAAUCGAACCUAGGACCUUUUAGCCAUGAGGGAGGAGAGAAACUUGCACACCUACGGUUGGUUCCUCAAUGUACACCCACGCUCUCUGCACCAGUGGGUUCCCGAUCUCUUGUCAGAUCAGUGGCUUUGGGAUUAAUGUCUAUUUGGGGUUUGCGUCUCUCUCUCUUUCUCUCCCACCGUGAUCGCGUCGAUUUUUCUCCCGGGUCUUCCGUUUUUUCCCCCUCCACAUUUCGAAUCGACGUGCGUUUUAGAGUAUUUGGCUGCUAUAAAUGUCCAAGCCACUUGGUUGAGAUAUCAUUUUUGUGAUAGCCAGGUCGCUUCUAAAAAAAAAAAAACUCCAUAGCUAAAGUGGGCCUUACCUGGUAAAAUUCUAAACGUGUUUUUAUUUAAAAUAUAUAGAUAUUUUUAGAAUGUCGGUGAACCGUUGCACCUGUUCUACCCCUGUGUUGGGGAAACCACUACCGGGGCGGGAUGCGCGGGGGAACAGUCUACACGUUGCUCCCCCCACUUGUUAACACUUUUUAUUGUCAAAGCCAUCGGCACGGCGGCUCCUGGCGGCGGCCACCACCGUAGGACGACGCGGAUGGUGGGGAUUGUGCGCUCCGUGCGUCACGCGGAGCGUGCGUCCUCGCCGUGAGUGAUUGCGUUAACCCGCGGAGCGACACGCUCGCUCGGCACGCGAUGAACCACUUCGGUCCCGGGCGUCACCCCGAGCCACCACGCGUGCUGCUGCUGUUUCCACUGCUGCUGUCGUUGUCGCAGCUAGUGCUGCUGCUGCUGCUGCGUGUUCGUGGUGACGCGCGCGUUCUUUCGGGGAAAGCGGCCGUCCCCGAAGUCCUUUGCAAGUAACCCCUUAACUGGUGACGCUGCCGCACUGUAACGGUUCGCAACGCUGGACUUUGCCAAUCACAAAGGUCGUCCGCUUCGAUGCGAAUUUCCCCACGGCGUGACAGCAAGAUGCGCCACCCGCUGUCGUAGCGACCGCCGCCGUGAUGCCGACGCGAUGCCGACACGUGUGCCAGGCACAGCCCUCGUCGUGCGCUCCACUGCUGGACGAGGGCUCCUCCCCCCUACUACGCAUCGAGCGUGGCGGGUUGGCGAAGGACCAGCGGAGGGCGGGCGGGCGAGCCGAGGCCCGGGAGCAUAGACGUACGGCACAACGGCGGAUUGCGCCGUGACGCGUGGUCACCUGUCCGGGCACCGUGGUUGCGCUCUGCGCUCAGCCCCCCACCCCCCGUGUGUGUGUUUGCCGCACUAUCUGCGAGGACGGACGAUGGGUUGAUUCGGCGACGGGGAGGGGGUCGUGAGUUUACCGAACCCUGCUCAGGGUUUCAGCCGCUGGGGAGCACUUCUGUAAAUGUUUUGCCGUAACAAGUUUUUUUUUUUUGCUCCGAUGUGAAAUGUGAACGCCCUCAUUCUCCCGACUCCUCACCCUCCCCCCACCACCCCCCCCGCCCUCCCCGACUUUGUGAUUUCCUUUUGCUGUUUAUCGAACUGAUUAAAACAAUGCAAAUA